AUGCAGACCAUAUAUACCGCGGUCUUGACGACACCCAACCUUUACAUCGACUCGUCGCAUCGGAGCGGCUCUCGUGUCGCUUCUGGCACCCUUCGUCGAUAUACCACGAACAACAACGGUGGUAACUGGCGCCCGAUGCCGAACGUGCCCCGCAGCAUCACCGCCCGCUUCGCCGUCAUCGCCAAGAAGAAAGACUACAGCAAGAAUACAGAAGCCCUUGCCGAGGAGUACCGCAAGAAGCGCGAGGCAUUCAUUAGCAAAGGAGCAUGGAAGAAGCUCUGCAUGACGAUGGGUAUCGGGAAAGCAUACAUCGGCUCAGGGAAGCUGUCGGACGUUGCCGCCUGCAAGAAACUAAUGAAGGGCAUGUACGUCAACAUCGUUGACCUCGUUGACGCAUCCCGGGCGGGCAAGACGUGCACACCAUUCAGGUCGUACAAAGCCCUGAAGGAAUAUAUCGACGAGGAAGAGAAAUCGUAUCUUCUAUGGGCGGCAAAGGACAAUCCCUUGUUGAGAAGGUUUCUCGUCACGCUCAGCGACAGCCCACCUAAAAGUCGAUUGCCUGAGAAGGCGCACCGCCGGGAUCGUCGAUCAAUUCAAAGCACUAUAGACGGCGUAUCUGCAACACCCGUAUCUUAG